AUGAAGAGGAAAAGAGAAGAAGAGAAGGUCGGAUCAGAGAUAAGAUCUGCCAUUGAAGAGCUUUCUACGCUGGCCAAGCUUAAACCUAAGAAUGAUCAUAAUCCUGGUGCUGCCCAAAUCCCAACCGUUCCCUUUCUAUCUAUCUGCGAUUUGGUCAUUCAAGUUCUUGAUAAGAUAGGACCAACAAUGACUGUGCUGAGAAAAGACAUCCAUCAAAACAUUCAGAGAUUGGAGAAGGUUCUGGAAUCCGAUCCUUCACUAUACUCAAACGCGGUUGAGAUACUGAAGAAAGAGGAAAGUGAAGGAAAUUCAAGAAUGAGAACUAGCUGUAGUAGAGCCUUUGUAUGGCUUACCAGAUCACUGGAUUUUACUGUGGCAUUAUUACAAAACUUAACAAAGGAUUUUGGGCAGAACAAUAUGGAGAAAGCAGUGGAAGAGUCCUACAAUAUCACUUUGAAGUCGUGGCAUGGGUGGAUUUCAUCAGCUGCUUUUAAAGUAGCCCUAAAACUAUUGCCUGAAAAAAAAACUUUUGUUGGACUACUCUCGGCAAAACGUGAAAACUAUGACACACUUGUAGAGGAAAUUCAGACAUUUAUUUGCUUAUUGGUUCCUUUUCUGGAAGAGAUCCAUUCUAUUCUGGAGUCAUAUCGACUGGAUAGGAUAAAGUCUUCCUAGAAGCCUAAUCCCCUAACCAUACGUGAUUUUCCCUUAAUUUGUGU